UUUGCAUCUGCUAUUGUUGCCAGAAAUCCAGAAUUAAUCUGAUGAUUUAAAAACUGCCUUCUAAUAGAAGAGACUUGCUUUCCUUCACUGUUUGUGGUCCAAGUUGUGCAGAUUUGACAUGUAUAAUUCUACAUAUACACAUGAUGAUGACUCUGAUGAUGAGCUUGCUACUCAGUAUGUUAUCCAGCAAAGCUUGCAGGAUAUCCAUAAAAGUGAGACAGUUACAGAUCCAGCAGAGACUGAUAGCUUUCGAUAUGUUACAAGCAAAGAACAUGGGAAGAUAAUCACAGCUAUUCGGACAGUUAAGUACAAACACAGAAAUCAUGCCUCCUCUAUUUUCAUUCGAUUUGUAUACUCCUUGGUGUCACUGGAUCUUAGACUCCAAUGCUUUCUGCUUAAUAAUAUGGAUAUGAAUCAAUACUUCAUAGGCCAAGAAGAAGUCUUGCAGAAGUUAAUGAGGCACCAUUCUGCUUUUAAGGAAGCAGAUCACCAAGGCUGGCUUCCUCUGCAUGAAGCUGCAGCACAGUUAAACAAGAACAUCCUAGAAAUAACUCUGAAAGCCUCGCACCCUGUUGUGUGGGAGCAAACCAAUCUGAAAGGAGAAACUCCUCUCUUUGUGGCAGUAGAAAAAUGCUUUGUAGACAAUGUCAAUUUUUUCCUGGUUAAUGGCUGCAACCCCAAUGUUAAGAAUGAAGAAGGAGACUCUUCUCUAGUUAUAGCGAUUAAACAUGACUCGUAUGAAAUCGCCUCCCUGCUGAUCACGUUUGGAGCAAAUGUAAAUUUACAGUGCGUCAAUAAGAGGACAGCGUUACAUGAGGCAGCCAGACUGGGCAGGAAGGACUUGGUUAACCUUCUGCUUUGUUCUGGAGCUGAUCCUGAUCCCUGCAGUGCUUAUGGGCUCACUCCCCUCGCUCUGGCAGCACAGAUUGGGCAUACAGAAAUAAUGGAAAUCUUACUGAAAAAAGGUGCUGAUGUCCUUUCACAGGCCUUUGAUUGUGCUUCAGUAUUAUUUGAAGCUGCCGGAGGAGGAAAUCCAGAUUCAGUGACUCUUUUACUGGAGUAUGGGGCUGAUGCCAAUGUACCAAAGCACUCGGGUCACUUGCCAAUCCAUAGAGCUGCAUAUAGAGGACACUAUCUAGCUUUGAAGUGCUUAGUUUCAGUUACUGAUUUUGAUGCCAUUGAGGAGAGUGGGGUAAGUCCAGUUCACUCUGCAGCAGCAGGAGCACAUCCUCAGUGCCUCGAAUUUCUCCUCAAAUCUGGGUUUGAUGCCAAUUUCAUGUUGGGUCAGAGAAUUCACAAGGGCUAUGAUGACGAGCGGAAAUCAGCUCUAUAUUUUGCUGUCUCAAAUGCAGAUAUCUCUUCAGCGCAACUGCUCCUGAAUGCUGGAGCCCUGCCAAAUCAAGACCCCAUUAACUGUCUUCAGUUAGCUUUGAGGAUGGGCAACUAUGAGUUAAUGAGUCUUUUGCUUCGCCAUGGGGCCAAUGUAAAUUACUUCUGCAGAGUGAAUACAACACAUUUCCCAUCGGCUUUGCAGUAUGCACUGAAAGACGAAGUCAUGUUAAGGAUGUUGUUGAAUUAUGGGUAUGAUGUGUACCGCUGCUUUGAUUGUCCUCAUGGAGACAACUCCCAUUCCCAAUAUGUGUUUGCAGGAUGGACUUCUACUGUUAUCAAAGACACAAUGUUCUGUGAGGUGAUAACGCUGUCAUGGCUGAGGCACUUGUCUGGGAAAGUAGUGCGAGUAAUGCUAGAUUACAUUGAUCGUGUUAACAUUUGCAGUAAGCUGAAACCAGUUCUCAAAGAACAGGAGCUGUGGCCCGAAAUUGAAUCCAUGAUAACAAAUCCUCGCUCUUUGAAACAUCUUUGUCAUUUGAAGAUCCAGAAAUGUAUGGGGCGCUUGCAUCUGUGCUGUCCCUUCUUCAUGACAUUCCUUCCUCUACCCAACCCGUUAAAAGAAUAUAUACUAUUUAAGGAAUAUGAUCUUUAUGGACAAGGGAACUUGAAAGGAACUUUCUGAGGACAUCAACUGGUAGUCCUGUGUUUUAGAGAGAAUAUGCAACUGGAUAAAGACUGUGUUUCAUGCAGUUUUUUUUCCCCUGUUGGGAUUUAAACUCCUACAGGCAUCACAAAACCAGCCAUUUCUUUUAGAUGCAAAGGAAUUAAACUACAGUAGAGUAAGUAUUAGAUAUGCCAGCAUCCAUCCGUAAUAGCAGAGAGAGCUUCCAGCAUAUAACAGAUGUAUGAAGGAUAUGGCAGUAAUAAUUUGAAACUACACUAGUAAGCACAUUUUUGUCAACAUUUUCAAGUAAUUCAAGGAACGGUGAAAUAGCCCUCAAAUGGCCCACAACCAUGAGUUGAAGAGGUUAUGCUACUACUUGUACUAUCUGGUUUUUGGUUG